AAGAGAAUCCCCAUUCUUCAGGGUUUAUUUCCGUCUGUCGUCUGAUUUAUGCGAAACAAUCACAACAUUCCGACAAAAUUUGGUAAGAGUUUGUAGUUCUACACAGAUAUGCCGAAAUCCAAGAGAGAUCGAGCAGUGACAUUGUCCAAGACAAAGAAGAAAGGGAGGGAGCACAAAGAGAACAUUGUGAACUCCAUACGUGAUGCUGUGGAACAGUAUAAUUCUAUGUAUGUUUUUAGCUUUGAGAACAUGAGGAAUCUCAAGUUCAAGCAGUUCAGGGAGCAGCUUAAAUCCACCAGCAGAUUUUUUCUGGGGUCAAACAAAGUCAUGCAGGUUGCUCUAGGGCGCUCUGCUUCUGAUGAGAUAAGAACAGGGCUUCAUAAGGUGGCCAAGCUUCUUCGUGGGGAUUCUGGGCUUUGUGUAACCAAUAUGUCUAAAGAAGAGAUUCAAAGAAUAUUUGAUGAGUAUGAAGAUUAUGAUUUUGCUAGGACUGGAAGUAUUGCCACAGAAACGAUGGAACUUAAAGAAGGUCCUCUGGACCAGUUCACACAUGAGAUGGAGCCCUUCUUGCGAAAGCAAGGAAUGCCAGUGCGUUUAAACAGAGGAGUGGUGGAACUCGUUGGAGAUUUUGUUGUAUGUGAAGAGGGGAAACCCAUAUCACCCGAAUCCUCUCGCAUACUGAGGCUAAUGGGCAUGAAGAUGGCUACUUUUAAGCUGCAUUUGAUAUGCAGAUGGAGCCCUGAAGAUUUUGAAGUCUAUCAAGAAGGUCUGGAAGGUUCAGAUAUCGAAUCCUCUUAAUAUCAAAUACGAACUUAUAUCAUUAGCAGCUUUGUCGUUGGACAGGGCUUUUGCACUUCAUUUCUGGUUAAUGUUUGUAGCCAGGAUAGAUUGCAAUAGACCUAUUUGUUUCCGAAGUUUUGUAGUGGCAAUGGUUUGUGUAAAAACUGAUGAGAAAUAUAGCGAGAUUUGUUACC